CAACUAUCCUAUUUUAUAGGUACAAUAUUGUCUCACCUUUAUCAAACUUUCACACAAUCGCUAUGGCAUUCAAUCAAGAAUUAGAAGCUAUAACUCAAGCUUUUUCAGGACAUGGUGUGGAUGAGAAAUCACUGGCAACAAUAUUGGGAAAAUGGGAUCCUGUGGAGAGAGAAACAUAUAGAAAAAAUACAUCAAAUUUCUUUGUUGAAGAUCAUGAAAGAAAAUUUCAGAAAUGGAAUGAUCACCAUGUUCGUCUUCUCAAACAUGAGUUUGUGCGUUUUAAGAAUGCAGUGGUGCUUUGGAGCAUGCACCCUUGGGAAAGAGAUGCUCGUUUAGCAAAAGAGGCUCUAAAGAAAGGGCCAAGUUCAUAUAAUGUCCUCAUUGAGAUUGCAUGCACUAGAUCUUCUGAGGAGCUUUUGGGAGCUAGAAAGGCAUAUCAUUCCCUCUUUGAUCACUCCAUUGAAGAAGAUGUUGCCUCUCACAUCCAUGGCAUUGACAGAAAGCUCUUGGUUGCACUUGUAAGUGCCUAUAGAUACGAAGGAUCAAAGGUUAAAGAUGACACUGCAAAAUCAGAAGCUAAAACACUUGCCAAUGCCAUUAAAAAUGAUCAAAAGAAGCCAAUCAUUGAGGAUGAUGAGGUAAUAAGGAUUUUGGCAACAAGAAGCAAGCUACAUCUUCAAGCAAUUUCCAAACACUAUAAAGAAAUAUCUGGCAAGAAUCUUGAAGAGGAUCUUAAUGACUUAAGGUUUAAAGAGACUGUGCAAUGUCUUUGCACUCCACAAGUAUAUUUUAGCAAGGUUUUGGAUGCAUCAUUGAAAAUUGAUGUGGAUAAGAAUGUAAAGAAAUCACUUACUCGUGUGAUAAUUACUAGAGCUGAUGUUGAUAUGAAGGAUAUAAAAACUGAGUAUCAAAAGUUAUAUGGAGUUUCUUUGCCUCAGAAAAUUGAAGAGACUGCUAAAGGAAACUACAAGGAUUUCUUGCUAACCCUAAUUGCUAGAGGAGGCUAAUUGGUGAGAAUAAUUAGAGAAAAAACUUUCGAUAAUGGUGGUUUCUUUCAAGAUGAAAUUUGAGUUUUUAUUUUGUGUUGCUUGUAAUGUUCAUCCGUGUUCAAAUUUAUAUUGAUGAUGCUACACUAUGUUUGUUUGAUCUUGUAUUAUUAUUUGUCACUGAAGAAAAAAAUUUGAAAAUGUAGCCGAAUAAAUAUUAUCCUAAUAGAGUUUCAUCGUAAUUUUGAAUAGAAAUUCUUUCA